AUGCGAACACCAAGUCCAGGAUAUUCUAGAGCAACAAAUAUCACUACAAAUUACAUUGAUGAUCAAAUAACUGAAAAUAGUUCUAGUAAUCGUUAUACGAAUUAUGAUAAUCGACCUAUAAAACCACUUGAUCAAAAUAUGCUUCAAACGAAACUUGAUCAAUAUCCAGUUAAUAGUCAUAUAAAUGAGAACACGAAUACUAAUACUCAACAAACUAAACGAACAUCAUCUCAUUUAAUCUACAAUGCUAAUCGUUAUUCACCAAAAACGACUAGACUAGGACCAACUGCUUCAUCAGCUCUACAUACAAAAUUAAAUCGAAAUCUUGUUAGACAACGUCACAAUCGAGUAAAACGUCAAACAACCAAUUCAAGUAACGCCAACGCAUUACGAUCACUUAAUCAUUCACAUGAGAAAAAUCCACAUUGCUUGACAACCAUAGCCAAGGUCAAAAAUAAAGAGCAACAACCAUCAACAGAACAUAUGGAUGAUGAAGAUGAUGAUGAACUUCAUUUAAAAUCAGCUCCUAUCGAUGGUAUGCUUUCAACUCAAAGUAUAACCAUGAGUAAUAGUGCUGAAUUACAACGAUUAACUGCAUCAGUUGAAACAAUGCGAACAUCACUCCUUCAAACAUAUAUUAAUUUACAUGAACGUUUUACAAAAACAACAGAAUUACAAACAUCAGCAUUAACUGCACUUUGGAAAAAAUGUGAAACACAAAGUUUAACUCAUCAACAUGAAACUGAAAGAUUAAUACAAGAAAAUCGAUUACUCAAUCAACGCAUACGUGAACUUGAAGUUCGUUUAAAUGCUAAUGAAAUAAAAUCAUAG